ACUGCGCAAGUAAGAAUUCUGGUAUACGUUGCUUGGAUUGUGAUAUCCUGCAAACGAAAUCCCUAAAUUCACUCUCCCCAAAACCCUAAUUCCUAUUAACUCAAUCAUCUCUACCAGGCCAGCUUACAGGGUUGACGAUAUGAUAAGAAACUAGAUCAAGAAGAUUAAGAGAUAGAUCUGCUAAACUAUCAUUUCAUUUCUUCAUCUUGAUCAACAUAAGGAAUAUUUGAUGGGAGGUUUACUGAGCCUAAACAGUUCUAGACCGACUGAGACCUUUCAGGUUUCACAGAGUGAAUCCUGUAAGAGGCAGAAGACAUCAUCAUGCUUUUGGGAUGACAAGCCUCGAUUGAUUCCCAGUCUCCCUGAUGAAAUAUCACUUGAGAUUCUUGCCAGGCUUCCCAGAAUUUGCUAUUUGAAUGUGAAGGCAGUGUCACGCAGCUGGAAAGCUGCAGUAACUAGUCCUGAGAUUUACAAAGUCAGAAAGGAACUGGGUACCACAGAGGAGUGGCUCUACAUCUUGACUAAGAAUCAGGGCGAUAAACUUUUCUGGCAUGCGUUGGAUCCAAUUUCUAGGAAAUGGCAAAGGUUGCCACUUAUUCCUAAUGUGCCUGCAGAAGAUGAAUCUAAAAGGGGCUUAUCUGGUUUUCGGAUGUGGAACAUGGUAGGGUCAAGUAUCAGAAUGGCAGAUGCUGUGAGGGGAUGGCUUGGAAGGAAGGAUGCUUCAGAUCAGGUCCCAUUUUGUGGUUGUGCAAUUGGAGCCGUUGAUGGCUGCCUCUACAUGCUAGGAGGGUUCGCUAGAGCUUCAGCCAUGAGCUGUGUCUGGAAAUAUGACCCUAUUCUAAAUUCUUGGAGCGAAGCAAAUCCCAUGUCUGUUGGUAGAGCUUAUUGCAAGACAGGAGUGUUAAACAACAAGCUCUUCGUUGUUGGUGGUGUUAGCCGGGGUCGUGGUGGGUUGACCCCUCUCCAGUCUGCAGAGGUUUUUGAUCCUCAAACUGGGUUAUGGUCAGAAGUGCCCAGCAUGCCAUUUUCUAAAGCGCAGGUGUUACCAACUGCAUUUCUUGCAGAUUUGCUUAAGCCUAUUGCAACAGGAUUGACGUCUUACCGGGGAAAGCUAUAUGUUCCUCAGAGUUUAUAUUGCUGGCCCUUCUUUGUUGAUGUUGGAGGAGAGGUUUAUGAUCCUGAAACAAACACAUGGGUUGAUAUGCCUAUAGGCAUGGGUGAAGGUUGGCCUGCUAAGCAAGCAGGUACAAAAUUGAGUGUGAUUGUUGAUGGUGAUCUGUAUGCAUUGGAUCCUUCUAGCUCUCUAGAAAGUGCUAAGAUAAAAGUUUACGAUUACCAAGAUGAUUCUUGGAAAGUGGUUGAAGGAGAUGUACCUAUUCGUGACUUUGCAGAGUCAGAGUCUCCAUAUCUACUCGCGGGUUUACUAGGGAGGCUUCAUGUCAUCACUAAAGAUGGUGACCAUAACAUUGCAGUGAUGCAGGCUGAUAAACAAAAUAAUUUGGUUGUUAAUCCCGGUGAAGGAUCAUCUGAAUCUGUAGGAACAUCUGAACCUGUAGGAACAUCUGAACCGAAUAUCUGGAAUGUGAUUGCUUCCAGGAAUUCUGGUUCUACUGAGCUGGUCAGCUGUCAAAAUCUUGAUAUCUAGGCGAAUUACAUCCCAUAAUGCUUGGCUUUUCUAUUAUAUAUAGUGAAGCUAACAUUAACGUGAUUGUUAUUUCUUGUUUUGUGUGGCAGCGAUCUAUUCCAUUGGCCACCAUAUGAGUACAUUGUGCGGUUGCGGUAAGUUCACUUGCAUGUAGCGUUUUAAAAUUGUCAAUAUGGUCGGUCAUCUUCUUACAUAAGCAUUUGAGACUAUGUAAAUAAUAACUACCUAUGUUCGGUCAAAUUCUCUAAUUCCAGAAGAAACUUUACAAUCCUAAUUUACCAGCUUGCAUGCUGAAGAAAAGUAAUGUGAAUUAUGCUAGUAGUAUGAAGCUGCAUGAUAAUGAACUCUUUGCCA